AUGCCGAGCAGCACAUCUUUGCUGGAGGCGGAGGAGGGCGAGUCUGAAGCAGUUUCCCCGCCGCUUGUGCACGCGUUCGCCGGUAUGGGCCUCCACCACCACCACCACCACCACCGCCACCACCACCACCGCCACACACCCGAGCAAGAAGCGGACGAAAGCCUCUCCUUUCCCCGCCACAACCAAAACAUACCCCCGGUGUCUCACUUCACAAUGCUUGGUACGGUUCUGGACUUGAAACCACUGCCAUGUUUGCACCGAUCGCCAUCCGAGGACGACGUGCACGAAGCGGGGGAAGAUGAGGACCCACCCGCAGCUUCGGACUGCCCUGGCGGGUCUCUGCUGCUGCUAGCCCAGGCCCAUCGCCAUCAACACACGUCCCCAGUCGACACGGUGCUUCUCUACGCCGGGGAGGAGAACGAAGACCCCGCAAUGCUCCACCAUUGUCCCCCUGGUGCCUUGAUGGCCGGGGAUCCCAGCUACGAGGGCGAGGCGUCGGUGCUAAAUCGCCGAAAAAGCGUCAACACGACUGAAUGUGUGGCUGUCCCGAGCUCCGAGCACGUAGCAGAGAUAGUUGGGAGGCAGGGUUGUAAGAUUAAAGCGCUUCGUGCAAAGACCAAUACCUACAUUAAGACCCCUGUGAGGGGGGAGCAGCCCGUGUUUGUGGUGACCGGACGAAAAGAAGACGUGUUGAUGGCCAAAAGAGAGAUCCUGUCGGCAGCCGAACACUUCUCUCUCAUCAGAGCCUCUCGAAACAAGACUGGACCUCUGGCCGCUGUCACGGGGCCUGGAGCCCCCGCUCUGCCUGGUCAGACCACCAUUCAGGUGAGGGUGCCAUACCGUGUGGUGGGGCUGGUUGUUGGUCCAAAAGGAGCUACAAUCAAACGCAUCCAGCAGCAGACUCACACCUACAUUGUGACUCCAAGUCGGGACAAAGAGCCCGUGUUUGAGGUCACUGGGAUGCCUGAAAAUGUGGACCGCGCCCGGGAGGAGAUAGAAGCUCAUAUCGCCAUGCGCACAGGAAUGUGUGGUCCCAUCGAGUCACCCGGCGUGGAUAACAACGACUUCCAAUUCAACGGCACAGAUGUCAGCUUUGAGGGCUCUCUGACGUCCCAGGGGUUGGGAGAAGGCGGAUGGCUCCAGGCAGGUGCAUCUUCCCCAAGUGCUGGCUCAGUGCUCGCUCUUAGCAUUGACAAUGGCCAACGAAUUAAAAGCAACAGCGUCAAGGUGUCUUCCACUUACCGAAAUGAUAGCUCCAGUUCUUUGGGUAGUGGAUCGAGUUCUGCUGAUUCUUUUCAUAAUGGAAAUCGAGGAUUGGCAGACUUGAGUCCGACUUGCCUUUUCAAUGCUAAUUCCAACAAUAACAACAGUAAUGGCGGAGGGUCAAAUUUCUGGUUCGGAGAAGGCGUUUUGCCUGUGGGGUCUGAAGAUUUGGGGAGCAUUGGGAGCGGAAGUUCGUCCGGAUUUGACCCACUGACCAUAUCCACCACUCCAGCGCCGUUCUCUCCUGCACAAGGCCAAAUAUGGAGUCCAUUUAUGGAUCCAACCGCUCCCCAGACAAUGGAUACUCGCCAAAGCCAGAUGAGUCAGCCUGGCACUCCGCGGCUCUCCCCCUCUCUUUCCGGGCUCGAGGCCCUGGAGCACCCUCAGGCUCAGCGGGUGCAGCGCGGCUCCUUCCCCCUGGAGCCGCGCCUGCCCUCAUCCUCCUCCUCCAGUGACAGCACGGCGUCCUCUGCAUCACCGCCCUCCUCGCUCUCCUGCCGCGCAGCGAGCAGAGAGCUGUGCGUCUGCUGCCUUGAGAGUCAGGUGAUCGCCGCCCUGGUGCCGUGUGGCCAUAACCUCUUCUGUCUCGACUGCGCCGCAAAGAUCUGCCGCAGCGCUGAGCCGGUCUGCCCGGUGUGUCUGUUCCCCGCCACACAGGCCAUUGUCGUCCGCAACAUGUGA